AUGAUUUUAGAUGACCGCGACGUGGUUUCGAACCGCGGAAACAACCUCAUCGGCGGUUUCAGAUCAAAAAUUCGCAUAAACCUCGCGGAUAUUGCAGUUUUUGGAAUUUUUACCUCUGCAGUUUGCAGAUUCCAAAGUUCAAACUCAAAUCGAGGCAAACAACCAGUAAACUUUACUGCAGGCAGUAAGUAUAUUAGCAUUCAGAAAGCUUUGGUUGGAAGAGGUCAUGACUUGAGACAUUAUAUGAUAACAAGAUGGGUUUCCCAGUUUGAAAUGCUGCAAUCACUGAAAAAAGCGUUCUCUGAGUUGAACAACUUGCCGCAAAACAGCCAAAACAGAAGUAGUCUCUGCUUGUUGGAAACCUCUUUUGUUGGGCCAUCUCAUUUAAGUCCUUGA